AUGUCCUGUGAGGACAGCGAUUGGCUCCUGUCUCAGACCUUCCCCGAGGUGAUUGGUCGAGUGAUGAACACUCAGCUCGUGACCUCUACACGUCAGAGUACCGCAGAGCCUCUUGUCCAGGCAAACUUCUUGAAAGGUUCUCCUCAUAGAAAGCACCCGGGUGUGACGAGCCUCAAAACAGUGCGUCUGCCCGAACCGCUGCAGGAAGCGGCGCUCUCCGUCUUACGAAGGGCAGAGGUUAAAGGUCUGACUGAAAGGGCACGAAAACUGUCAAACUUCCUUUGGAGCAGGAAGCGGGCAAUAGAACCCUCACAACUCCGGGAGAAAGCCCGCCUUCUUGAGAGGAAAUGUCUGGAUGAAGAGAGGGAUAGCCAUAAAGGUGGGUUCUAUAUGAUGAAGAUGAUUAUGACGGACAGACGGUAUGAUAAAGAGCUUGGCUUGCUGUACGUGGCUGCUAGACUCGCUGGUGGUUAUGCUGCUGUCAUCAGAGCAUUAAAUGAGAUAAAGACGAGAGAUCCUUUGUUUGUACCGUCUUCUCUCCUGGACUUUGGAUCAGGACUUGGUUCAGGUGUUUGGGCGUCACACUCACUCUGGGGAGACCGUUUGAAGGAGUAUGUGUGCGUGGACAGCUCUGGAGACAUGAACGCAUUAGCAGAACAGCUGCUAGGAGGUGGUGAGGAAAUGGAUAAUCCAGUGAUCAAACAAGUAUAUUUCCGUCAGUUCCUCCCAGUUUCUCCGAAGGUCCAGUUUGAUCUUGUGCUGGCUGCUUUCUCUUUGUCAGAACUAGCAACGCUGAACGAGCGACUGAAUGCUAUUUACACUCUCUGGAGAAAAACCAACGCCUACCUUGUACUUGUGGAGAAUGGAACCAAAGAUGGUCAUCAAAUUCUUAUGGAGGCCAGAAAUGCUAUACUGAAGGGAGAUGAGGAGGUUAUACAUGACAUGAGGAGACCAGCUGUAUUUGCCCCGUGCACCCAUGAGCUGACUUGCCCCAAGUUGAUCAAGCAACCUGUAGUUCCCUGUAACUUCAUCCAGUUCUGCUAUUCUCUGCCUUUAUCCAGGAGCCAAGAAAGACAGCAGGAGAAGUUCAGUUACCUCAUCAUAUCCAGAUCAAAUGAAGAGCAGACUCUGCAGAAUGAGGGGUUUGAUAUGGGCAGACUCACGGCACAAGUCCGCCGUAGACCCAGACAUGUUCAGUGUCAGCUCUGUUGCUCUGAUGAAGAACUCAAACACGUGGCUGUAACAGCCCGUCAUCAUGGAAAAGACGUGUACAGAUGCGCCCGAAACAGUGACUGGGGAGAUCUGUUGCCAAUGUUUCAUGAGGAUGACGACACUCAAAUUAAUGAGAAUCUAUGA